UCACAUGGGUGGAUGGCAGUCCUGAUUGUCAGGUGCUACUUUUCAACUCAGCUCCGCGGGGGUGCAACCGGGUGAUGGCGGUGGUAACUGAGGUGCCCCAGAGGUGCACUGCCGUGUAAGCCAAGCCCUGAGAUGAGUUUUGCAAGGGAUAAUGGCCUACUACUACAUCAACACACACCACCAUUCAUCCCUCUGGUGGAGAGCGGCUGGAGCUGCAGGUUGACCAAUGAGCCCACGGUAUAAAACUUGUACCUCGCGCUGGCGACGCUCUCAGUUUCUUGCAUGCAUGUAUAUAUGUACCAUAUACAUCCCACAAUCCACUCAUCUGAGCGAAAUUCAACACAACCGAAGUUUUUCAGAGCGUCCUCAGUCACCUGGUGGGUGCCAUUCCAUCACGUGAGGAGCACGUGAUGCGACGCGCUCGCGGCGGCAUUUGAAACACAUUGUUCAUGCUACACAUGGAUCACAGAGCAAAGCAGCCAAGCAAGACGCAGAAGACACUCGUGCCCAGGUCAGCAGAACGCGUCGCAAAGUCGAAAGCCAGGACGAGAGAGUCGGACGACACACCGCCUGAGAUGAUCUCGAGUAGUUCCGGCCACUUCUGUGAAACCAGGGGCAACUUUCUAGCACAACAGUGUAAUUAUCUUCCGUAGCGGCCGUGACAAAUUCCCAUAUUGGAUUAUUCGGGGCUCGGAGACCUUUGUCGGUCAAUUGGGGUCUUCCUGACAUCUGUCUGCUGCUUGCUCUGGCGCCCUGCACAAGUCCCAUAGGCGUGGAACCGUCACCGUCAAGGCGUUCAAUGUAGCUAGCAUCACUGCAUCUAUGGUUCCUUUCUUCCAGCCCAUUCUUCCGGGUCAUAACAACAUCGCGGUCCCGGUGCACGCCUUUCUCAUCGAGCACGAGUCUAACGGGAAGAGGGAACGCGUCAUGUUUGAUCUUGGAGUGCGCGCUGACCCGCAUAAUCUCGCGCCGACUGUCGCAACCCUGGUGAAGGAUGGGGUGUAUACUAUCGCCCCGUUUGGACCGAUCACAGAGCAGUUGGAAGACAGCGGUGUUCAUUUGAGCAGUGUAAGCGCUGUAAUUUGGAGGUGCGUUCGAAUCUUUGUUAGAUGAGCAGUUGGAACGUUGAGCUGGAUGUAGCCACUCACACUUUGAUCAUACCGGAGAUGUCUUUGUGGCCGCAGAGCACCAAACUGCUGAUCGGACCGGCCACGAAUACCAGCACGUAUCCUCAAUACCCACAUGCAGAGCUGCUCGAAACCGAUUUCGCUGGUCGCGAGAUACUGAAGCUCAACUUCAACUCGACCUUUAGUAGUCUGGCCGCAUUCGAUUAUUUCGGCGACGGAAGUCUCGUCCUAAUUGAUACGCCUGGACAUCACCCCGGACACAUCACAGCGCUUGCGAGGGUGACGGAGAAGACGUUCGUCCUCCUCGGCGCCGAUGCGUGCCAUCACGUAGGCCAGUUGCGGCCUCGAUCGGCAUUUCAGAAAGCGUACCCUUGCCCCGCGCAGCUCAGUCAAGGUGUCUCGACGGACUUUUUCUGGUCUCCGGACAGCCAGCUCGGUGACUUCGAUAUCGCGUCGAGAUCAGAAUCGCUGCUAUCUGUUGCGGACCUGCCUAAUUCCGUGCACGGUGAUCCUCCCGCAGCACGUGUAUCAAUCGACAAGCUGGCUAAAUUUGAUGCCCUUGAGGAUGUCCUGGUCGUCUUGGCCCACGAUCAGACUCUGCCAGGGGUUCUCCCAUAUUAUCCGCAGUCCCUGAACGAAUGGAAGAGGAACGGAGUGAAGGAGAGGCUCGCAUGGAGAUUUUUAGAAAAGCCUAGUCCUGGGUUUGUAUUUGAGUCUAUUCUGUAGAGCCGAGUCGAGGUGCAGUUGCAUUGAGCAAGUCUGGACAGGUAGAAUCAGGGGCUAUCCUGCUGAGUCGGUCACAAUGACGUGACCCAUCCCGUCGCUUCGGACGCUUCGGCCACAGGGGGGCUGUGCUUUCGUCCUUCUCUCCUGCCGCGGAGACCACCUCGCGCGUCCUCAUAUGCCCGGUGUAUAUCCUUAAACUUCUCGUGGAUUCGACCUACUCCUCCUUAUCGCAUGCUUCUCUGAUCCUACCCACAUCGCUUCUCGAAUAUUAAGCCGUGACAGUGCACACGGUCCUUGAACUCGUGCCCCAGCAUGGUUCAGUACAGCCCAAGUUUAUUGCUUGAAUAUGCACGGACAUAUGGAAAUCGGUUCUUCCUACAAUUCGGAUUGCACUGCGCGACGCAUCAAAUCCGAGUAAUCCUCAUCUCUGGCAUCGUCAUCACCUCUCUUUUCUACCCAGCACUAGCGCUGUACUUCAAUAACGACACCUUGUCCUCCUUUUCGCGGCCGGUCUCGCUCUUCGACGUCACACGGAAUCCGCAAGAUCUUCUGGAUGUCUGGUCCGGACAUGACUCGCUACGAGUGCUGGGGGACACCGUUUCUCGGGCCAAAACACACGCCAGCUGUGGAUCUGACAACGCACUUCGGGUCGAGCGCAUCUUCAUCCAGAGCUCGUUUGAUGGUGCCGUAAACCAUCAAAUUUUGCAAUCCACCUAUGAUCUGGAGCGGCGGAUAGAGGAACUCCAACUCGGCUGCUUGGAGCGACCGGAUGCUAGCAACGGAGAAUGUUUUGUGCUGUCACCCCUGGCGUUCUGGGGCUACAAUGAAGCGACCCUGCGUGAAGACCACAACAUCCUUGACACUCUGCUCACACGGAAUGCCUCGGUGUCCGGCAUCCCAAUCACUCCGCAGAUGGUUCUAGCUGGCCGUGGUUCCGACGAUCAGGGAACGAGCGGGACUUUCGAUUACGCAGCGUUCCUGGCGCUGACUUAUUUCUUCCCCAAUUCGGACUGUCUGGGAACUGCGGAACACAUUGCUUGGCUACAGGCGCUUGACGUGGCUAGUGCGGGCGCCCCGAGGACGAUGAGCCUCAAGAAGCAUGUGGAGCCGACCCUGAUCCAGCUCGAGUAUCAUGAAAGCCUCAAGCUUGGCAAGGAAUGGACGGCCCUUUCCACCGUUUUGUAUCUCGCAUACGGGGCUUUUGUUGUCUAUGUGUCGUGGUCCAUGAGGCAAAUGGAUGCAGUCCACUCUCGGGUCGGAUUGACCUUCACUGCGCUGGUGGAAAUUGCGGUCAGUACGAUAACAAGUCUGAGUGUCUGCGCGUUGGUCGGAUUCAAAGUGACACUUGUUCCCUGGGAGCUUCUCCCUAUUGUGAUAGUCUUUGUCGGCGCUGAGAACAUGUUCAACCUGGUUGGCGCUGUCGGCAAGACCUCUGUCACUCUUUCGGUUAAACAGCGUAUCGCAGAGGGCCUGAGCCACGCCGGAACCUCGAAUACCUUGAAAGUUGUCUCGUACAACAGCAUUCUGGGAAUCAUCUCCGUCUUUUCGACUGGCGCCAUCCGCCAGUUUUGUGUAUUUGCUAUUGUCGUGCUGGUAGCCCACUGGUUUCUUGCGCACACAUUCUUCAUGGCUGUUUUGUCGAUUGAUAUCCAACGACUGGAGCUUGAUGAUCUGUUGCGCCAAAACCCCAGCCUGGCACCCGUUGUACCCAAGGACGUUGCUUUCAAACAGUCGCAUUCUCCCCGAGAGAAAGUUGUCGCCGUUAUCCAAAAACUUUUGCAUGGCCGUGCAACGAAGAACAUCAGUCUGUUUAUGCUUCUGGCGAUUACCGCCACGCUUUACUACACCACGAUCCCACCGGACACACGGCUUCCUUUGGAAGAAGUGCAGCCCCUUACUCGUGCGAAGAUGAACGUUUCCACCCCGAUGAAUCAGCCGCAGUCGCCCGCGUGGAAUAUUUGGAAGACAUUGAACCCCAACGAGACGACGUUGUACUUGCGCAUCGAAGAGCCGACCGUCCUCACCUUCCGUUCGGAGCACAGCCCUGCCGAUCACAAGGCCCUCAAGUCGAAGAUGUCGAUGCGCACCUUCCGAGCCAUCUUUUGGACGUUCAAAAUCGUAGUGGCACCGAUCGCAGCGUCGACUGGUCUGCUCUAUGGACUGUUGCUCUAUCUAUUGAAGGAUGCGGAGCUGCUUGAAGCUCAAAGGAACCGACCAGACGGUGAUUCGGUCGAGAAAGAAAUGGAAGAACCGUUGACGUCACAGAUCGCAUUCUCAACUCUUCCGCGCGCUUUCAACAGUGACGUAGAGCUGAUGGCGACGAGCCAAGAUGGAAAUGUGGUUGCCUGCGUCGGCCUGAACAACGAAGUCGUCAUCUGGCGCCUACCAAAUCGGAAGCAUAUCGCGAUUGAUGUGACGAAUGUGCUACUGCGGUCUGCAAGCUCGUCCAAGUCAUCGUCGACGCUGACGAGCGUGGCCGUUGACUGCCGGGGCCACUACUGUGCUGUCGGAACGGGUUCUGGGAACAUUGCUGUGUGGAGCAUCGACAGCCGGGGCAUCACUCCCCUUCCGCUUCUGUCUCUGGCGGACUCGUCUGCCGGAGUCGUGAGUCUCCAUUUCCUCACGCCAUCGAAUCGCACAUCGCCCUGCUCGGAGCCUAAUUCACCGCUGGACCGCGAAGCAGCGGUGACGUUAUUGGCCACCUACGAGAACGGGAUCGCCGCCUACUGGAAGCUGGGGAUCGAUCCCAGUGUGACUUAUCAUCUUCCGACGAAGCGCGGGGUAGCUCUGAUCCACGUGACGCUGCUGCGAGUAGGACAAGACGUGCUGCUCGGCUUCAGUAUGGCAGAUGGGACAUUGGAGUUGGUCGAGGUGCAGGUGUCGAGGCCCCUCGUUCUCCCCGACCAUCCGAUUGCAGCUGGGAAUCCUGCAGAUCUGGUUUCCGCUGCCGAUGCAUGUCUGGUGGAUCUUUGCGGGACCACUCGGCUGGUUGUCGCUGUUACGACCGAAUCGGGGAUAGUCUCGUUGUGGGAUGGUGGGUCGGGCGAGAUGAUUCGUCUGUUGGACGGGUCGCAUGGUCGGAUCAACCGUCUGCGCGUCUCUCCUGUUUCGUUGGCCCUGUGUUCUUCGUGCGGAAAGCUGCCGUUCGAUGGCUGUCUCCUCGCCUGCUCUGCCGAUCAGGCAGUGACUAUCUUCCGCUUGUAUAUGACGGACCAGCCGAGACGAUGUUCGUGCAACCUCCAUUUUCCGAGACGCGUUCCUUCGUGGGACAGCAGUCUCGGUCGACGGUCAAGGGGACCCUCGCCCAACGGAUCGCCGUCUAUCCCGCGAGCCAAAUUGAGCGCGAUGUUCGAGGCACCGCAGUUCCCGGUGUCUGGCCACGGUGUGCAUUCUCGCCGGGCAUCUGAGAAGGAAGCGGCGGGGCGGCGCUCGCUCGAGACGGACGGCGACGAUCUGCUCAGUCCGAUUGACGGCCGGAUGUCAUCUGUUUGGCUGAAUGCUCUGGUUGUGCCUGUGUCGGAGAUGACCUGUGACCGGGGGGCAUGGGACGUAUGGAACCGUCGGGUUGUUGGAGUGAGGAGACGUCCGAGGGAAGGGAGUACAACCACAGGAAAACCAAACGACGAAUCCGGCUUGUCUCCUGCGACGCUUGAACGCUGGGAGGUCUGGCUCUGUGACGUGUCUGGCACGCGAUCGCAGAGCUCUUCCCUGGCCGCAUUGAAGCAGGAUCGGGUCUCAGAGUCAGUGGCCGCAGUGCCUCGGCUUCCAUUUACGCGCGUUGCGCCGCUGGUCGUGGUCAGCCAACGCGCGGUGGCGGGCUUUGGAAACACUGUUGGCGUGUUUGAUCUCACGUUAUAAUGUAUGCGUUUAGUAAAGAGUAGUACAUGCUGUAUCUUGUAGAUGGAUUGUAAGAGUAUAUAGACGAGAUGUUAACCGGCCUGGGCGCUUUCGCAGCUCGACUCGUGAGGUCGGCGAAGUAUGUGGUAUGAGAAGAAAGUUCUGCUUUGGGAAGAGCCACAUUCAACGCCUUGACGGUGGAGGUUGCACGCCUGUAGGACUUGUGCAGGGCGCCAGAGCAAGCAGCAGACAAGGUAAGCAGCACGAGAAUCGUGAGCAACAUCGUUCAUGGUCCUCCAUUUUCGUAGUACACUUUAAGCCUUCCCUGGGACUUUUCCCAUCAUCCGGUCUGACGUACAUACGUCAAAGAUGACAGGAAGACCUUGACUGACACCUGUGAACCAAGAAAGAAUGUGUGGGACGUGGUAUUCUACUCGAAGCAGACGGAACGUCCGACUCGCUCGUCCUAGCUUCCGACUUUGACACGCUUUCUGCUGGCCUGCAAACCAGUAUCCUCUGACUCUCGCUUGGAUCCUCUGUUUUGAGGCAGCGAUCCCAAGGCCGUGGGACUGGAGAUCGAUUCGCGCUAGAGAGCCUUGAGAGCGCGAGCGUCGUGCUGACGAAUCGCAGUGGUCUUGUGGCUAGAAGGGGGUAUGUAUUCGACCCAAUGAUCGUGCGGCAUCGCAUCCCAGCCUUUAACGGCCAGCCGUUUUUUGAUGAAUUUGUAGACAGAGCGAAAGGCCAUCUUCUUCGGUGGCUUUUCAGGUUCGACAGGAGCACUGUCGCUCUCUUCGCCACUGCUGUCGGUAUCGUCUGCCAGGCUUGGAGACAAUUGUUUCAGUGUCGGAGCCACGACGCGGUUCUGCUCUUUGACCUCCAAGACCCAUUGAAGAGUGAGUGAUCGGAGGGGUGAAUUGGGCGGUCCGAUGCAUUCGCUUCGAGUUAUCCAUGUGUUUUUCUUGUCCGGAGAGUGAAAACCAAAUAAUUCUGCGAAUUUGUAUGGGCUGUGACCAUGGAAUUCUGGAGGAGUGUGCCGCAGGAUGAUCCAGAUCAACAGCCAAUAAAAGGACUCGAUGUCAUGAUGAGCUCCGUGAGCGACACCUCUGUCAAAUGCAAGUUCCAGAGCCAGGAAAGGAGGUGUUCCCUUGAUCUCUUUCAGGCUCUUGUCGAUGUUCUGGUAAAGAUGAUCAUCCUGCCUGGCUCGGUCUUUGGAUAGCUCAGCAAAUGCAGCAAGACCCUCUGGUGAGAAUUCCGCGUAGUCGUAAUCGAGCAGGAAUCCUGAACGAAGCACUUUGUCGACCAUGACAUUGCCGUCGCUGAUAUCUCGAUGUCUCACCCCUGCAAGGUCUGCAAUCCAUGCAUCUACGACAAAGUCAGAGGGACACAGCUGCGGAAUGGACACUCACCCAUCAGACCUUCGAAAACUAUAGAAACAACGUCCCUCACACAUUUGAAUCUCUCGGCGCGGACACCAAUCGGUGUCAGCAGACUGCGCGUGUGGUAUCGGAUCAGAUCUCUGGCGCGCUCUCCCAAGUGAGAGACGGAGGUCGUACGGUGAGAUCCACAGUCCCAUUUCGCUGAUGUCCUGGGGGCCGAAUUUGCGAGAGUGAGCGACAGGUCAAUCGAGCCGUGGCAUUUGGCCACCGACUUGCUCGGUCCAAGUCCGGACACAAAUUCGGCGUUUUUGCGGCGGUAAUCAUCAACCACAUCGUAGUAGUCCACCUCAGGCCGGCGACAGCCUUCACGCCACGAGUCCUUGAGCGCGUAGAUCGUUGGAUUGUCGCUGUUCAGAUCGCACUCCAGAACGACGCGGAUCACUUUCGUGGCACGACCAAAUAGUCCAUGCGAGACCCAGAGCGGUUGGCCAAACGUGAAGCAGUGCACAAGCUGGUGCUGGCGCCCGCCGUCAGAACCAUCGACGAAUUGGACAGCAAUCAUGGAAACACUCCUCUCCGUGAGAUCACCGUCGACCUGUGCCAAGUCAGAUGCAUAACUGUUCUCCUUCCUGUCCAAUGCCGCUUGCAGAGCCAUCUUCUCCUUCUCGGUGAGCGGAGAGAUCGUGAAGUCGUCGCCGAGCAUGCGCCCCGGGCUGUUCUGUGGUCCUUCGGGUGGAUUAUAUAGUCGAAGCAAGAACCGGGGCAGAAUUGUUUUUUCUUCGCUCCAGUAGAUCGGAGGAGUCGCUGUCCAGCCAGAGCGGUCGUAGCGAACGAUGUGGGCGGCACGACCGACAAUGAACAGCAGAUAGACGUAUAAGCCGCCCGACGCGAGGAGCAUGUUCCUUGCACUCUUCGCCAACUGCACGUACGCCUCGCUGCCCUCUUUGCCCUGGGUCAGCCUGUACUCAGCAGGAUCUGUAUCGCCGUGGUCGACAUCGCCGUCCUCGUCGUCUUUGCUGCCGUCCUCGUCCUCGUUGCAGUCCUUGUCGUCCGGGUCAGUUUGCUGGUCACGAGCCCUUUUAUCCAAGCCGGUGCGUUUCACGAUGAUGUGCAAGUUGUCCUUGAUUUCGGCAACGAACCCAAUUUCACGCCAAGUGAGCCUGUGAUCGGCCGCGAUCCCUGGUCGUGUCCCACAUAGCUCAGGCGCCAGAUCGUGUUCUUCGGGAUCGUCCACACAGGGUAUCAGCUCUGCAUGAGAGUCUCUGAAGUAAGGCUUAUGUGCGUCGUCGAAGUUUUGCGUGAUGUCAGCGAAAUAUGUGGUC